CACUAGAAUAAUUGGCCCCUCGAACUCGACUUUUGAACCACUCGAUCUCAUUUUUGAAUUCGAAUUCCCGCAAAGGAAUCUCGUCGUCGUGCCCUCUCGUGCCCUUCGUUUUGUACAUAUCCCCCUUCAUCUGCAUUAGAGCAUAGAGCAGUGCAUCUGCAAGACAUUUCGUCCCGUCACCAAGACUCAAUUUCCACGAGAUUGCGCGUACCCAACCCAAGCAAUACUGGACAAGAUGGCUGAUAUCAACGUCGAUGUCCUUGUCAUCGGCGCUGGUCCAACUGGACUCGGUGCUGCAAAGCGUCUGAACCAAAUUGAUGGCCCAUCAUGGAUGAUCAUUGACUCCAACGCGACUCCCGGUGGCCUUGCCUCCACGGAUGUCACCCCCGAAGGUUUCCUGUACGAUGUCGGUGGACAUGUCAUCUUCUCCCACUACAAGUACUUCGACGAUUGUAUCGAUGAGGCAUUGCCCAAGGAGGACGACUGGUACACCCACCAACGUAUCUCGUACGUGCGAUGCAAGAAUCUCUGGGUUCCGUAUCCACUUCAAAACAACAUCUCUAUGCUGCCUGUCGAGGAGAAGGUCAGAUGUAUGGAGGGCAUGAUUGAUGCUGCUUUAGUUGCUCGCACUGCGACCACUAAGCCCACAAACUUCGACGAGUGGAUUGUCCGACAAAUGGGUGUUGGGAUCGCAGAUUUGUUCAUGAGACCCUACAACUUCAAGGUCUGGGCUGUUCCUACUACCAAGAUGCAAUGCCAAUGGCUCGGAGAGCGUGUCGCAGCUCCCGAUGUCAAGACCGUCAUGAAAAACGUGCUCCUUAACAAGACUGCAGGAAACUGGGGCCCCAAUGCGACCUUCCGUUUCCCAGCUCGCGACGGCACUGGCGGUAUCUGGAUUGCGGUCGCCAAGACUCUGCCAAAGGAGAAGACAUUGUUCGGUAAACAAGGGGAGGUCUCCAAAGUCAAUGCUGAUGCACACACUGUCACAUUGAAGGAUGGCAAGACGAUUGGAUACAAGAAGUUGAUUACCACCAUGGCCGUUGACCAACUUGUUGAGCAGAUGGGAGACAAGGAGCUCGUCAAUCUGAGCAAAGGAUUGUUCUACUCCUCCACACAUGUUGUUGGUGUCGGAAUCCGAGGAGCACGACCAGAGAACAUUGGUGACAAGUGCUGGCUUUACUUCCCUGAGGAUGACUGCCCAUUUUACCGUGCCACCAUUUUCUCCAACUACUCCCCAUACAAUCAACCAGAAAAAUCUGUCAAGCUCGCAACCCAAUACCUGGCAAAUGGCAGCAAGCCAAAGUCCAGCGAGCCACAAGAAGGUCCAUACUGGUCGAUCAUGCUGGAAAUUUCCGAGUCAUCCAUGAAGCCAGUUGAUCAUGCCAAUAUCUUGAAGGACUCCAUCCAAGGUCUUAUCAACACUGAGAUGAUCAAGCCCGAAGAUGAGAUUGUCUCCACCUACCACCGCCGCUUCGACCACGGGUACCCCACUCCUUCACUUGAGCGCGAGGGUGUUCUGAAGGAGCUCCUUCCCAAGCUUCAGGCUAAGGACAUCUACUCCAGAGGUCGCUUCGGCAGCUGGCGCUACGAGGUUGGAAACCAGGACCACUCUUUCAUGCUUGGUGUUGAGGCUGCUGAUCACAUUGUCAAUGGUGCUGUUGAGCUGACCUUGAACUAUCCUGAUUUCGUUAAUGGCCGUCAAAACAACGAGCGAAGACUUCUUGAGGGUGCUCAAGCUUUCCGGAACAAGGCCACCGAUAAGGCUGAUGCUGCAGGUGCUGCUAAGGUCAUCGACAUUGAGGCCAACAAGGCUGGUGUUAACGGCUUAGCCAACGCCAAGGAGCUGCCUGCCCGAGAGCGAGCAGCAUCCAAGACCAGCUCCAGCACCCAUGGCCGAAAGCCAUCCAAGAGCGUCAAGUAGAUUACCCUUAUUCCAAGGAAAUCUCCUGAGCGCGAAAGUCUAGAGGUAUUGCUGUUUUCGAGCGGGCUUGACAGGUUAUUUUCACGCUCUGCAUCGUGGUGGAAUCUGCAUGCAUGGGUUCUGGCAGUCUGGAGGUGUUUUUGUGGGAUAAUACACAUAGCAAGCUGUCUAGUGCCGGAUAUGGCUGCGCACAAAAAUACCAGGAUGUAAUCUGGUUACCUUCUCAUUGUGAGGCAUUCAGUCUCGCGACUACAUAGAGCAUAGAAAGCGUCUUUAGACAAUAACACUUAUGGUUGUGC